AUGUCGCGCGCCGCGCGCGCCGCGGGGCGACGCCGCGCGCGCGGGACGAGCUCCGCGCGCGGGGUGUUGGGCGCGAUGGUGUUGGCCGUCCUCGCCGCGUGCGCGUCGACGGCGCACGGCGCGCGACACGCUCGAGGGCUUCGCGGUUCGGGCGCGGCGAAAGAGUCGAAAACGGUGGCGACGCAGGCGCGCUUGACGUGGGGUGAUCUCAAGCGAGCGCGUGAGCGAUCGAUGGAUGAGUACGUCGCCACGCUCGCCGCGGCGGACGGACCGUUGACGUGCUCCGCUGACUGCGCGCGGUUCACCAAGCAGCAUAAGGUGUGCGAACGACGUGUGGGAUGUAACCUCGUUGACUCUAACUCGGCCAAAGCGCAUGCUGGAAAGGUGUGCGAAGCGAAACCAGAGAUUGAAACCAACAAGCCGUGCCCGCGUGAUAAGUUGGAUGAGCAAUACGUCAAAUCUCGAAACGGUCAAUCGAACGAAAAUGACAUGUACGCCGACGAUACUGGGCUCCAAGGUUGCCAAAAAACGUGCGAAGCCAACGGCGGACUCGCCGAAGACGCGUGCAGGUCUACGACCGGUUGCAAGUGGGUCCCUAACGCGGUUCCUUACGGGCAAUGCUGGAGCCAAGUCGGUCCGAACGCGUGCGACUCCAAGGUGAAGGAGGACACUUGUAUUUUCGAGUGCAUGAUGCUCUCGCAUCAAAAGAAGGCCUGCUCGGGCCGACUGGGCUGCCGUCUCGUGGAGCACAAGGACAGCGACAGCGACGAUGCUCAAGACUGGCACUGCGAAGCCGUGGACAACUUCCCAGCCGACGCGCAGUGCCCGAAGUCCAAAGCGGCGCUCGAUAAAUUACUUGCCGGAGGCUCGCCCACAGCGCCGACAUCCCCCGAAGCGACGCCGACGCCUGAGCCGACGCCUGAGCCGACGCCUGAGCCAACGCCGACGCCUGAGCCAACGCCUGAGCCAACGCCCGAGCCAACGCCGACGCCUGAGCCAACGCCAACGCCUGAGCCAACGCCGACGCCUGAGCCAACGCCGACGCCUGAGCCAACGCCGACGCCUGAGCCAACGCCAGAGCCAACACCGACGCCUGAGCCAACGCCUGAGCCAACGCCGACGCCUGAGCCAACGCCUGAGCCAUCGCCGACGCCUGAGCCAACGUCUGAGCCAACGCCUGAGCCAACGUCUGAGCCAACACCUGAGCCAACGCCGACGCCUGAGCCAACACCGACGCCUGAGCCAACGUCUGAGCCAACGCCUGAGCCAACGUCUGAGCCAACACCUGAGCCAACGCCGACGCCUGAGCCAACACCGACGCCUGAGCCAACGUCUGAGCCAACGCCGACGCCUGAGCCAACGCCGACGCCUGAGCCAACGCCUGAGCCAGCGCCAGCCCCUGAAUCUACGCUCGGGGGUGCGUUUUCGAGACUUGGACUGUCGCGUGAGACAUCCGCGAUGCCAUCUACGAUGACUGUUUUUGCCGUUUUCGGCGCCGUUGUCGCGGCUGCUGCGUAUCACAACGCACAACGUCGGCGAUACGGAGAAUACGAACCACUUCUUCGCGACACUUCUUACGGUGCCUGUCCUUAG